UAUACUGCAAACGAAAUGAUGUACUAAUAAAUAAUUCAAAGAGUUCUAUAUCAAGACUAAUUCUUUACGUUUGAACAAACGAUGAAAGAACAGGAACACAUGCAGACAUAAAUAGAUGAUGAUGAGUUCGUUGGUAUAUAUAGUUCCUAGCUUCGUGCGUCCCUCUUUUUUCUCUUUUAUUUAUAUAUAUGUUCCCUUAAUUUCCUCCUCAAAUUUUCUCUCUUUUCACAUUUCUCCACAACCGCAUUUCAGAUCUCAUCAUCUUAAUUUGUAACAAACAAAACCAUAGAGAGAAGAGGAAAGAAGAAAAUAAUUAUAUAAAAAUAAAGAGGGUAAUGGCAGUGGUAUCACCUUUAGCAAAGUACAAAUUGGUAUUUUUGGGAGAUCAAUCGGUUGGUAAAACAAGUAUCAUUACUCGCUUCAUGUACGAUAAAUUCGAUACUACUUAUCAGGCUACCAUUGGUAUUGAUUUUUUAUCAAAGACAAUGUAUCUUGAAGAUAGAACGGUUCGCUUGCAGCUCUGGGAUACUGCUGGUCAAGAGAGAUUUAGGAGUCUCAUUCCAAGCUACAUUAGAGAUUCUUCUGUUGCUGUGAUUGCAUACGAUGUUGCCAACCGCCAAUCAUUUCUAAACACGUCAAAGUGGAUUGAAGAAGUACGUACUGAACGCGGCAGUGAUGUCAUUAUCGUUCUUGUUGGGAACAAAACUGAUCUUGUUGAGAAAAGGCAAGUAUCCACAGAAGAAGGAGAUGCUAAGGCUCGUGAACUUGGAGUAAUGCAUAUAGAAACUAGUGCUAAAGCUGGGUUCAAUAUCAAGCCUCUAUUUCGGAAAAUUGCUGCUGCUUUACCAGGGAUGGAGAACCUAUCAUCGACAAAAUCAGACGAUAUGGUCGACGUGAAUUUGAAGCCUACAACAAAUACAUCUAGCACGGAGCAGCAAGGAGGAGGUUGUGCAUGCUAAAUUUUGUACUUAAGUUGGAAGGGGGGAGAGAGAGAAGUUGGAUUCAGGAAGAUGCUGUUGCAUCCAGUUAUUAUUAGGGUGUUCAGUUAGCUAAUUUCUUAGAUUAUAUGAGGUUUUCGACAGUCAGUUUGUACAAGUCCUUCAGAUUCUGAGAGAAUAGGAAACCAUUGAAGAUGCACUUGUUAAUGUGUUCAUAUUUUGUAUGAGCUUUCCUAAUUCAGGAAUUCGGUUCUUUUUGGCCAUGAUCUGGUGCUGGAAUUUACUAUGAAAGUUGACCAUUUCAGUUUGUUAAAGACUUGUAGGCUUUUUGAAACACUUGUGAUGGGCAGCUUGUUUUUCUUCUUGUUAUUGAUGACAAAUACAUGUGAUUGGCACUUAACCUUUGAGAUCUCAACCUCAAACACCAGAAGAUUUUGCUUUUGUUUAGGAUUCUUCUCUAGCAGUGUAACGUACAUCCAAAAGGGAAGGUACACGAACCGGGACACUUGAUUUAAGAGAACACAAUCAGGAUGAUAGAAAAGUGAGAUACUAAAGAGCUCCAACAAAACGUCAAUAAUAGAGUGGGAUUAGAAAAAUGAGGAAAAUCAGCAGUGUGAAGGGACAUAAAAGAAAGAGGGAUAGAGACAGACUUGGGAAUACCAAAGAUCAGCACGUCGAAGAAGAUCUUCAAUAUGCUUGUACGGACAUAGAAAUAAGUGGCAAUGACAUUUCUAGUUCUGAAUACAAAAAGGAGCAGUCAUCCAUUCUACUUGAAGAAGAAGGUACCAUACGUUCAACUUUGAGGUCUAUUUUAAGCUAUAUGAGAGCUAUAUUCAACCGACAAAC